AUAAAGUCAGGUAACCUGGCACCUCUACUCUGUUUUCUUCUUUACUCUCUUUUCCGAUCUCGUAUUUCCUGAAAGUCUCGGGUGGAAGUCAAGAUGCCUCACUCUAUCAGUCCAACACAGAGCCCUGCAACACCAACUCAACCAAUACUCUUCGUCAACGAUGGGCCUCUAGAAGACUACUCAUGGCUCCAGCCAUCACAUCCAGAUGAACCACUAGAAGAACUCCGGAGGAAAUACAAUGAAGAUGGUUAUAUCUUUCUCAAAGGUCUUAUCCCCCGUGAAGACGUUCUCAAAGCUCGGCGUUCCUACUUCGAUACCAUGGCCCCAACCGGCGUACUAAAACCCGGCACAACACCCCAACAAGGUAUCUUCGACUCCUCAAAACCAGCCUCCCAAUUUCCUGGCAUCGGCGCCGGUGCCGUAGGUGGCAACAAGCGGCCAGGGGAUGACUCUGCAGCCACUUUUGUGGACAGAGCACUGGAUGCCCACAAGCAAGACUGGUAUAAAGAGGAAUUCUGCAAACAUCCCGCUUUACUGGAGUUUGUGGCAAAGUUCUCGGGAUGGGGGAACGAUACAUUAGCGAUCAAAAGGACAUUGCUGAGGAACAACAUCCCGGGUACUCAUGCUAUUGGAGUCCAUUAUGACCAGAUUUUCCUAAGACAUGGGGAGGCUACUGCUAUCACGGCUUGGGUGCCCAUGGGUGAUGUUAAAACUAACGGUGGUGGACUUAUUUAUCUUGAAAAAGGUCACACAUUGGGCCGUGAACAAGAAUCUCGCUUCUACGCAGAAGCACUGGCAUCUGGCCUCAGCGACAAGGAAGCGAAACACGCUUUCAAUGCCAAUAUGAUGUCUACAGGUCUCCUCGACUCUGCGCCUUCGGCAUACGGAAAGCGGUUUUCGCGCAGAUGGUUGGUGGCAGACUAUGAAGCUGGAGAUGUGGUGUUGCACACACCGUUUACCAUUCAUGCUAGUACUGUUAAUCACGAUGUAGAGGGGGUCAUUAGAUUGGCUACGGAUUUGAGAUUUGUGAAUAGUAGUAGGAAGUGGGAUGAGAGGUGGGAUAAGGUUUAUGAGAUGGAUGAUGGGCUAUAGGUAGACAGAGCUGGAUGUCUAGCCCGCGGCUGCUAUUUGUUCCAUGUCUCGAACUAGCCUAAUCGCAGUAAUGCUGGAUUUCCGAAUUGUCCAAAAUCAAGACUGAUUGGAUACCUGGGUACGCUGGGCGCAUGUAGUCAGAAAC